GGCGCCGGGCAAAACUCCCACCCGGCGUGGCGGCUGGUGUGCGGAUCGCCGCGGGAGAGAAACGCGGAGUAAAAGGGAAGCAAUGCAGAAAUCAGAGUGCCAUGGAGGAGUACAUUUGAGAAACAGAAAGGCAGGUAGCUGUGAUCAAAGGACAUCAUCAAGCAUACAAAUAAAACAUAGGACUACAGUUCAAAAAAGCAACUCCUCAUCAUCAACCAGUUCUCCAGAGACUGCAAGAAAACUUCAUCCUCGACCAAGUGAUAAACUUAACCCUAAGACCAUUAACCCGUUUGGUGAACAGUCACGAGCUCCUUCUGCAUUUGCAGCCAUUUACUCUAAAGGAGGUAUUCCUUGCAGAUUGGUCCAUGGUUCAGUGAAACACAGAUUACAGUGGGAAUGUCCUCCUGAAAAUCUUCCAUUUGAUCCUCUUCUUAUUACUUUAGCUGAGAAAUUCUUCCUGUCUCAUGGUUUGAGAGAGACUAAACAUCCAUACACCUUUGUGUCAAAGGAGGGUUUUAGAGAAUUACUGUUGGUCCAAGGAGCUCCUGAGAAAGCUGUACCUUUGCUUCCAAGACUGAUUCCUGCGCUUAAGGCAGCUCUGGUCCACCUGGAUGAUGAAGUGUUUGCAAGAGGAUUGAAUGCUCUCGUGCAGCUGAGUGUCGUUGUCGGUCCUUCUCUAAAUGACCAUCUUAAACAUCUGCUUACAAGUCUUUCCAAGAGACUGAGGGAUAAGAAAUUCAAAGAGCCAAUCACCAGUGCUUUACAGAAGCUAGAGCAGCAUGGUGGAAAUGGAAGCCUUAUCAUCAUCAAAUCUAAAAUUCCAACAUACUGCUCCAUAUGCUGUUGAAGAAGGGAGCCCACAAAAAUCUUGUUACUCCGUGGUGACAGGUGUUAAAUGCUGUCCAUGGGUACCUAGGGAACCUUUUCAGAUUCACUUCCGUUUAUUCUUUUGUCAAUCACAGUCACCAUUCAUUAUUUCCUAGAUUAAGAUGAGUAUGCACAGUUCCACUGAAUCAUAGUAAAAGUUAUUCAUCAACAAAAAAAAGAAUGGUCAAUGAUGGAAAGCUAUUAAAAACAGUUCUAUAAUAGUACAAUUUUGUGGGGUUGGUUUUUCAUAUUUUUACAGUUUGGUGCGAACAACCAUUAUUGGGUUUAUAGUAGAUGUGUUUGUAUUUAUUUUCCAGUGCCUUUUAUUUAUAGUAUCCCUUUCACAAUCAGUUUGUAGCUAUGCACUUAUUUUUAAAUAUUUUGUCAUUUCUUGGGUUUUAUAUUUAUCAAGGCUAUGGAAAUUUAAAGUAGUGGACAGACAUUUGUGAAUUCACUGUUAAUUAUUGUCUGUAAAUAUGUAUUUUAUGAUACAGAAUACUUGGAAGAAUUUCAUACCAGAGUAUUCUAGUUUAAGACAUUUUUUAAAAUGUGUAAAUUCUUUUGUAAAUACGUUAUUUAAUACAACUCAUUAGAACUACCUGAACUUUAGGUGUUAAUUAUAUUUAAUUAUAUUUAAGUAAAUGUUAUUUUUGUAACCCAUAGUCUGAUACUCAUUUCAUGAAGGUAUUCAGAAAUUAAAAUCUUAAAACUC